ACUAAUCUCUCGAAGGCGCUACUCCAGCAAAGAUCGCAUUUCGGGGAUUACAACUUUAGUGGAUUGUUUGUGGUCCAGUUUACUGUUACAAGAAAGCCACAGUGGAGGGACUGUGCGACGUGUUGUGCCACUCUGGCGUCAGUGUGAGUGGAAAUAAACUUCCAGCUGAAAAUCUGGGAGGCUGCGAGCCGAUGGAUGGUGGAUGUCAAUGAGACACGAUGCUAGCAAGCUAGCAAGUUGCUAAGGACAUGGUGUGACGCAAUCAUCUGCUUUUACUGAACAACAGCAACAGGAAGUCGACCUGCCGACAUGGAAGUCAACGGAGAGAUCAGCGACACGGACAGCGGCAUCAUCCUUCACUCCGGCUCCGACAGCCCGAUGACCAACACGAAGGACGUGACCACACACACGCGCGCCAUGAAGCUCAAGCACCAGGAGCUCCAGGCCAAGCUGGAUCGCUGCUUACUGGAACUGAAGAAACUCUGCAUCCGAGAAGCCGAGCUGACGGGCCGUUUGUCAGAAGAUUACCCUCUGCUGCCCGGAGAGAAACGUCCACAGAUCCGUCAACGUGUUGGAGCUGCGUUUAAACUGGAAGAGCAAAACAUACCUCAAGGAGCAGAGGACUCAGAGCUGAGUUUAGUCGACGCUGACCUGGCGCUCCAGAUGAAGAUCUACGAAGCUGCGAGGAAGCUCUGCGAAGAGCCCCACCUGAGCAAAGCCGUGAGGAAGAGCCGGCAGCGGCAGCGCAAACAAGAGGAGAAGAAACUGAAGCAGCUGCAGGAGAUGGCCUUCCAGCUGCGGCUGGAGCACGGCCGAUCGUCACCACUACCCGCCUUCAACAUGGCUCAGCAAGAUCUUGGCACAUCUGAUGACAGCUCUCUAUCUGAUUCUGUUGUGCAAGACGAAGAAGUCACCAGCCAGUCUUCACAGCCGUCCUCAGGACCUCUUUAUCCAGCCGAGAGGGAUCCUGUCCAGUCCUCCUGUGCGUCCUCUCACUCCUGCGUGGACGGCUCCUCCUUCUCCUCUCCCCCCGUGACCCCGCAGUCGCUGCCCUUCACCCCGACCCACUCUCCCCACCCGAGCCUGGAGCUGAAGCUGAGCUUAAACUCCAGCCCCGCUCACGACCCGCCGCCCAUCCAGCACUCUCCCUGGAGCGAGUCGAGCCUCGACCAGCCGUACCAGAGGAGCAAGAAGACGCGCUCCUCCAGCAAGACCAGCAGUCCGGCCAAAACUGAGCUGUUGCCACCGUUGGAGGUUUGCUUGGCACAAUCUGCUCUGCCAGUCCAACUGUCUCAUCUGAAGCUGAGUCGCUCCCAGUCCAACAGCACGCCCUCCACACCAGAGAUGCGUGUCCACAGACAGCUCUCUCUCAGGCUGUCCAAUCCUGACUCUCCCUUCGAAAGGGACCGAGGUCGCAGCAGAGGUCCCAGGAGGCGGCUCACUGAUUUUGCUGUAGCUUACCCAGAGACGCUCUCUCCCACUGUGAACUAUGGAAACCCUGCUAAUUCUGAGGACAGCAACUCGGAACACUCGUUUUCGUCAUACAACAGCUCGCCAUGUCAGGAACUGCCCUGUGAUUCACCCAGACAGUACCAGCCUGCGGUCCCUGUCGCCAGCCCGGCUGGCAGCGUCGGACCUCAGGCCUUCUCGCCGACUGGCUUUUACCAUCAUCCUAGGCACCGCUCCAGCCCCAGGAUCCAGAACGCCUAUUACCAUGAGGAAAUGGUCUACCCACCUGACAUGGACAUGGGACGCUGCUAUGCACCCCAGCUGGCCCCUUGCUCCGCUAACAGAUAUGAGUACUGGUAUAAAGAGAGCGCUGUCGCCCACCAGAGAGCGCCGAGGCCUUUGCCCCCCGACGUCAGACUCACCCCUCCGGCAAAGUGGGACCAUCCACACUACCGCUCCGGCGGUCUCCCGCGGCAAGUCGUGAACGAACAGCUGAAGUCGUGGCACCGGCGCAGUCAGCUCAAAGCGCCCAGGACUCGCUCUCUUGACAGGCAGGGAGCGGUCAGGAUGAAAAGCAUGGGGGUCCGGGAGUCACCCUGCUACCAGCAGCAGCGGUACCAUGACCAGGUUAUUCAAAGAGGGGUUGUCCGCAGAGCUGUAGACGACACUCAGACAUGCUGGGUUAUAGAAGACGGCUCUCACUUUGCAAGUCAGUUGUAACGACAGAGAAACCCGGACGCUGCGACUUUCCAAUCGAUCCAAACCGAAGCAGUGAGAACAGUGAGUUUCAUUAACCGUUGAUGAUCAUAAGAGUUUUUUUUUUUACUACGAUCGUUUUGAGCACACAGAGCAGGGUUGAAAAGAAGAAAAACUGGAAUGUCUUACUGUUUAAAUCAGUGUAAUAAAACUCAAACUGAGGCCUCAAUCAGACUCGGCAACGCUGACUGCAGUGCAGUUGAAGGGCGACUGUAAAGUGAACCUGUUGUUCUGUCAUCUGUAUAUAAUUGUAUACACAUCAAGCAUUUCACUGGAUGCUUGUGGAAAAAGUAGAAAAGUAGUAAUUUUAAUACAUAAAUGCUGCCAGCUCAGUAGAAAUUAGUCUCAUCACAGGGAUGUUUAUCAUAAACUACUUCAGUAUUUUCUUGUGAUGCACAAAUACAUUGAUAGUUUGCAGAAUGUUUAAAGAGCUCCUAGCAGGAAAUGUACACUAAUUUGUUUGUUGUAGUUAAAAAAUGGAAAAAAAUGUGAAUGUUUUACAGAGUAACUUUUCUUUUGAGACAUUGUUAAAAUUAGAUGAAUAAAUUGCUUUUUGUCAAAACAAAUGUGGUCGCCUGUAGUUGAAAACUCACUGCCAGAAAAAAAAAGAACAAGUUGUUGUGGGGGUGAACCUGAACUUUUUGCAUUUUUUUAGGUGUAAAAUCAAACAUUUCCACUAUGAAGGAAAUAAAUUACUGUAUAAUGAUGUAAAUCAGUCAGACAAGGUACCAAUGAUGUUGGCGUCACUGAACCAUUACGUUGAUGAACUGCUUGGAUUCUUGAGCUAAAGUGUGUCCUCAGUAAUGUCUGAACCAUUUGGGGGGGGGGUCAACUUUUCUUGUUUUUGUACUUUUAAUGUCUGUGGCUUUGCCAGUGAAACUUGAAUGACUAACAGACUUAUCCAGCAAGUCGAAACCAGACGUGAACAUGCUCGCAUGGCGAGCAGACUGAGAUCAGCGCAGAGUCACCUGGUGCGUGGCAGCUAAUUAGCAAAGUGAAAUGUAAAUGUCCUGAGCUUUACCUACAUCUUCGUCUGGGUUGACAUCAGACCACAGAGGAUGAGAGUCUCGCCUCUCUCAAACAACAUAGAAUCAUGUGGAAGAGAGGGUCAAUCACUGCAAAUUCAGUUACAUGUGCACACUGUCUGGUUGCUCAUCGGGAUCUAUUUAUGUGUUUAUUUAUUGCCUUUUGCGUCAUUGGACCCAUGAAAAGUCAGACUUUGACUAAAAACUGACUUGGACCAGAGUUUGCAAAGUAAAUCCAAAGUUUCUUUUUAUAUACGAAAGGAACAGACUGCAAUCAUGUUACCCAUUGUGCCUCCUAUAUUACUGUUCUGUUACUGUAUUGAUAUUUAUCAUCUACAGUAGUUUACAUGGAUGUAUUUUAUUAUAUUGCUGUUUUCUUUUUUAUCUGUGAAAAUGUUCUUUCCCUGUGGAAGCAAAUAAAGAAUAUUGUUUGGA